UCGGCAACGUCUCGCGCUGGAGAGAUGUGGCACGCGACUUAAGAAAAGAUUGACGUGCCGCGAGAACACAUUUUCAGUCGCUGUGUUUAGCCAGCCCGUUUAGUUCGGGUGGAGGUGGAGUAUUCUAUUUUUCACCGAACUCAUCACAUUUUGAUUAACACGGCCGUCUUUUAAGAGGAUCUCUCUUUGGUCAUUCAUGAACUUGUUGAACACCCAGCCCUAUGCGGGACCCCUCACAUCGAGAGUGAAUCUAAAUAACAGUGCAGAUGCCAAGCUGCAACAGAGGAUGACUGACAGAAGGCAAAGCUGAGACGGCUGUCAGUCAACAUCCAGCCAAAGAGGCGAUUUGUCAGUGUGUUAGAAGACUUGCUCUCGCUCUCAGCCUGAUCCUUCAAUUCAUCUUCUCUGCCUCUGCUUUUCUUAUCUCUGCUGGCACCAUCGACCCUGCCUGCCACCCUGCCCCUUCCCAACAGAGACAAUAAAGACCAGAGGGCUGAGACAAACACAUCAAGCCUCACUGUCAGCCCUGCCACCCUUACAGUCACCAACAGGAAGCUAGCUUGAUGCUGCACCUCUUCUGGCCCACGCUCAGUAAAAGUUGGAUUAUAUUGUAAAAUAGGCCCAUAUCUUCCUCUCCUUCUUCCUCUUUCUCUAUCUCUCCCUCUCUUGUGCUAUCUCCAUCAUCUUUGAGAGAAGGGGGAGCAGACUGAUCCUUCACAUCACAGUGAAUAGUCUAUUAAAGGGGCGGCCCGCAUUAAGGAGGCAGCCAUGCGUUUCCCGUUGCUGUUAACACUGCAGGCAUCAUGGCUGACUAUGUGUCAGCCCAGUCAACACUAUCCCACAACUUGGGGACACUACGACUUGUGCAAAUCACAUGGAUACACAGAUGAGGGCCCGACCUGGUAUUACAUGGCCUGUCAGCCUGAAGCCGCGGACAUGACCAAGUACCUAAAAGUGACCCUUGACCCACCUAACAUCACCUGUGGAGACCCACCAGAGACCUACUGUACCCUGGAAAAUCCCUACAUGUGCAACAAUGAGUGUGACUCAGCCACAGAAGAGCUGGCUCACCCCCCUGAGCUCAUGUUUGACUUUGAGGGUCGCAACCCGACCACCUUUUGGCAGUCCACCUCCUGGAAGAGAUACCCCAAACCUCUGGCAGUUAACUUAACCCUAUCAUGGAACAAGACCAUUGAGCUUACCGAUGACAUCGUCAUCACUUUUGAGUCGGGUCGGCCGGAGCAGAUGGUUUUGGAGAAGUCUCUGGACUAUGGACGUACCUGGCAACCCUACCAGUUCUAUGCUACCGACUGCCUUGAUGGUUUCACUAUGGAGCCCAAGACAAUGAAGGACAUUACCCAGCACACACUAUUGGACAUUAUCUGCACUGAGGAAUAUUCUAGAGGUUACGUGUGGAAGAACGACAAGACUGUACGUUUUGAAAUCAAAGACCGUUUCGCAUUGUUUGCUGGGCCCAAGCUGCACAAUAUGGCCUCGCUCUAUGGACAAUUGGACACCACCAAGAACCUGAGAGACUUUUUCACCAUUACCGACCUGCGCAUACGUCUUCUCAGACCUGCCACUGGUGCCACCAUGGUGGAUGAGAACAACCUUUCCAGAUACUUCUACGCCAUUUCUGACAUUAAAGUACAUGGCAGGUGCAAGUGCAACCUUCACGCCAACAGCUGCAUCUUUGACAAAGAGAAACUGGCUUGUGAAUGUGAGCACAACACCACGGGGGCCGACUGCGGACGCUGUAAGAGGAAUUAUCAGGCUAGAGCUUGGAGCGCUGGAUCCUAUCUCCCUAUCCCUAAGGGCACAGCAAAUAUCUGUCUGCCAAAUAGUGUUGGUCCAGUUAACUGUGAAUGCUUCAGUCACUCCAAUCGCUGCAGUUACAUCGAGGUGCUAAACACCGUCAUAUGCGUGAGCUGUAAGCACAACACUAGAGGGCAGCACUGCCAGCUGUGCAAGCUUGGAUACUACCGCAAUGCCUCAGCAGAGCUGGACGAUGAGAAUGUUUGCAUAGACUGUAAUUGUAAUCCCUUUGGCUCAGACUCUGAUCGCUGUAAUGGCACAGGAUAUUGUAAAUGUAAGGAAGGAGCGACAGGGGCUAAGUGCCACGAAUGUCUGCCAGGAUAUUUGUGGGACAAUGGCUGCAAAUCCCAGGUGUGUGACAACGAGCUUCUGCGUUGCCAAAACGGUGGCGUGUGCGUGAACAAUGUCCGUUGUCAGUGUCCUCUAGCAUACACCGGCCUGCUGUGUGAGAAACCCUGGUGUGAGAAUGAGCCGGGGGGUUGUGGCGACUCAGACUCAGGCCAGGCCUCUCACCACCCCCCUGCACUGAUUUUGCUUUUGCUGCUGUCUGCCCUGGGUCCCAUACUGCUUGUAGAGAUCUGCUGGACGACAGCCCUUUGAGAGGCAGAUCUCCAAAUAUCCAGCUUUUUCUGUAUGAGCAGCGCACCAGAACCACCGACACUCGGCUGGCCAUGUGGAAUGUUCCCAAAUAUCAAAGUGAAAUUUGAGAGGAUUACAGAAAAAAUACAAUAAAUAUAUAUGUCAAUAAAAAUAGUAUUUAUACAAAUUGAUUACAUAUAAAAGUCUAAAAGUAAAAAAAAAAAAAUUGUUUAUAGAAUUUACCUGAGCAUACGCUUCAUGAAGCAAAUAAGAGGAAGUAGAGACAUGAACUAAGCCAUAGAUACUCACUCCCCUACCAGAAAGAGAGUGACAGGGACGGAGCGGACAGACUCAUCCCUUUCCUCCCUGUAUCACUACGGCAAUGGGAGCUGUGUUCUGCCAGUGGCAUGUACAAGUAAAGCAAGCUGCCGCCCUCACCUGAGCCAUUCUGGGUAUCAUGCUGGCUAGACUGCUUUCAGCUAUUUUGAAACUGAGCAAUGGGGAAACUGUCUGGAUUAUGUGAACUAAAAAAUAAAAACAACAUAAAAAUAAAGAUAGCAGUAUUAAUGAAGAGAAAGACUCAUGAAAAGAAACAAAAGCAUUCUUUGCUGUCUGUGCAUUGUGGAUUUAAGGGAAUUUAUUCAUACUGUCACAUCUGAUCUGCUUUCGAAAUUGAGCUUGUCCCACCAACACCACCACCAAACCCAACUCCACCUCGACCCCAUCUCAAAAAAAAAAAAAAACUUUAGAGUGUCCUUUGUGUCAAGAGCCCGUCCCUCUUCAACCCUGUGCUUUUGUAAAUGUUAUUCUGUAAACCUUGCUGGUUGAAUGAUAUUCUUUUAUAGAUUUUUGUUUUCUUUUUGUUCUGUGUGAUGUUAGUCACACUCAUGUGGUACACCCACACACCCCCGCUAUUCCCACACCCAAAGAAUUAUUAUUAAAAAACAUAACGUUUCAAAUGUGACAGACUGCUGAGGCCACAGUCAAAUAUGUAUGUUUUCACCCAAACAGAUGAAGUGCUUAGACAGUCAUCAGUGUAUUUAAUUUUUGUAUUAAUACAGAAGUUAUUUUCUUGACAGAGUAAAAAUAAUGUAGAACAUUUACUUUUUUGUAUUAUUGCUGAAAUGUGUUUAAGGGCAACAUUUUAGUGCAUUCAAUCAAGGUGCAGAACAGAGUUAAAUAACUUUACGUUCAUCUGAGGUUUCAUUUUAUUUAUUUUUUUAUUUAUUUAAUUUUUUUUCCCCUUCAGUUGGAUUGUAAGUUUUCCUAAAGUAUAUUAGCAACAUGCUGGCAUCAAAGAAUAUCAGUUUACAUACAGUAUUUAUACUGAAGUGUAAAAAAAAGAAAAUCACA